CGGACACCUGUAAGCACGCAGACUCCCUGCCGAGCCGGACGCACGAGAAAGUUUGCCGAAAUCGUCGCAGAUCCUGAAGGAUCCUCAGACGUUGUCGAUGCGUUUUUCACUCGCGAUUCUAACGAAAGUGAUGCCUGAUAUCUGUGUGCGUGUUUUGCGUGCGGCCUCUCGCCUUAUGGUCUUUUAAUUUGCUGUCAAUCGAGUCGUUCGAAAAGUCUCUGAAGAUGAUUUCAUUGAUCAGUGAAAUGUUACUAAGGAUUUGUUAGAUAUUAAAAUCGUGAAUCAUUUAAUACAUAGUUCGAGCGCGGGAAUUAAUAUUUUUUUUUACUUUGGAAAAGUGCAUUAAAUUAUGAUUAAUCAUAAUUUCAUCGGUAAAUAAAUUUAAAAUUCGGCUCAACGAUCACAACAAGGAUGCUAUGAAGGAAAUAAAAAAAGAAACUUUUCUAUAUGUAUUAAAGACAGUUCUUGAAAUCAUCUUGCUUUCACAAAGAAAAAAAAAUAUCGCGACUUUUUUAAUAGCGACAAAUUAAAAGAUGAACGCGAUGAAGAGAUCUCAAAUCUUCGCGAAGCGAUUCGUGCAACAUCGAGGGAUGGCUGGCGAUCUUUGAAGACGCGGAUAAAAUCGUCUUCGCAGCAUACCUGGACGAUGUUAAUCUUUUAGAAUGCUAAACGGGGAAAAAUGCGGAUAAAAAAACUAAGCGGUGCUAAAGUCUGGCUUUUGCUGCUCGUGUUGGUGGUUCAAGAUGGCAGAUGUAUAAAAUGGCUCGGCCUCGGUCGCACCGGCGACACGCUGGAUACGUGGUCCAAAGAGGCGUGCACCAGCGCGAAGAGCGCGGGUCUGCUGGAAAGGAAGCAAGCAAAAGCCUGCAGAGCUACACCGGAUGUGAUGCCCAGUUUAGUGCAAGCCGCCAAAGACACGUCUAUAGUAUGCCAACACGCAUUCCGACAUCGCAGAUGGAAUUGUAGCAGCAUCGAACGCGCGCCUAACUACACCCCCGAAUUGCUUACAGGAACGAGAGAGCAAGCCUUUGUCUAUGCAAUGUCGGCCGCUGCUGCAGUUUGGCGACUUGCACGAGGAUGCGCUUUAGGGAGUCUCGCGGCUUGUUCCUGCGCGACUCCGCCGCGAAGAGAGCCGCCUUCACCUUCGGCGCUUAUCUCAUCCUCGUCUUUCACUACCAUGUCCGUCUCUUUCGACACGUUGUCUGUGAGGAACUCUUUUAAAUGGGGUGGUUGCGGAGACGACGUGAGAUCCGCCUCGAGGAUGGCAAAGCGGUUUCUUCAGGGCGCGACGCCGCUCGGUAUCGGAGCAACUGCCAAGUUCAUGCACGCUGUCAAUAUGCAUAACAACAGGGCAGGUCGAAGGGCGGUCGAGCAAUCCUUGACUCUGGAGUGCAAGUGCCACGGGGUGUCGGGAUCCUGCAGCGUGCGUACCUGCUGGCGCGGUCUGGGCGCAUCGGGACCAUCCGCCGCCGGAAGUCGUUUGCUUCGCAGAUACGCUACCGCUGCUGAAGUCAGACCGAGAUCCGGCGGCAGACUACCGCCAUUAUAUCAUCACGACAAUCUACUGUACACCACCAAGAGUCCGGACUACUGUCUGCCGGAUAAGAAGAGGGGUAGUCUCGGCACGAUCGGCAGAUACUGUAAUGGCAGCAGUUUCGGUUACGAGGGUUGCGAAUAUCUUUGUUGUGGACGCAGUUACGUUACCAGGACCGAGAACAUCGUGGAGAGAUGCAACUGCAGGUACAUCGAUUGCUGUUACGUGAGCUGCAAGACGUGCAGGAAGAUCGUAACAACAUACGAGUGUAAUUAAAAAUACGACGUGGCUUUGGGACAAUUAGUAUUUAUAUGUAUCUAUGAGCGGGAUAAAUACAGCCUCUCUUAAUCCGCUCGAAGAAGCAGGAAGCGUCGAAGGGUUGAGGACAGAAUUAGAUUUACGUGCGCGCGCGUGUCGCAAGUAACGAUCCAUUCGAUUUAUAAAUUCUAUAAAUUAAGACCAAAUAAAUUCUACGAGAUGCGCGAGGAUGUGAAAGUUGCAUUUCAAGUGAAGAUUUGCGCAUUCGGCGGCGAGUGAAAACCUGAUCUCGCGCGCAAAUACGAAAAAUACGGCACUAAUAAAUAAUUAUUUAGGCGAUAAAUUAUUUAUCGUGAAUGUAUAACUCAUGGCAGUAAUAGAGGAGUUAUUUAUACCAUAUAUUGCUAUAUUUGCUAUUUAUUCAAUGUAUGUGCGUGUGCGUGCGUAUGUAUGUGUGCAUGUAUGUAUAUCAUGGCAAUCCGCACCGCGAAUGAUGAUAAUUCGUUUUGCCUCUCGAUAAUCGCGGAAUUUUAUGUAAAUUACGUCGCGAAGAAAUCGUCGUCGUUGUCAACAUUUCUCGUGACUUUAAGCGUAGAUCAGAGCAAUGUACAUAGAAUGCUCGAUUUCAAUGUAACCUACAUUCUGCAAUAUACCUUGCUUGGAAAUGG